CUUCUGCUCGAAGGGCCAAGGGCACGAGCCAGUAUUGUGGCAUUUUUUGAUUCCCUUCUCUAAUAGAUGCCCAGUAUAUAAACGAGGAGACGCUCAAUGCAUAUCGUCAGUCGCUCCGUUAGUCCUCCUCCAUCAUGAAGCACGUCAUUCUUGCAGUGUUCGUCGCCGCAGCGUUUGCUGCCCCUCAGUCAACCAGAUACGAAGCCCCUGCUGCUUCUUCGACCAGAGCCGACUCAGGAGAACGCGUGGCCAUUCUGAGGGACGAGAGAAUCAUGGAGGAAGACGGAAGAUUCAACGUCGAAUUCGAGGCCGAAAACGGAAUCCACUUCGCCAAGGCUGGCUCACCUGACGCAGCAAAUGGGGCAGUCAUCCAGGCUGGCCAGUACUCAUACACUGCUCCCGACGGCACUCCUGUCCUGGUCAAGUUCGUAGCCAACGAAAACGGCUUCCAGCCCGAGUCCAACCUUCUGCCAGUGGCUCCCGAAUUCCCCCACCCGAUCCCUCAGUUCGUCCUCGACCAGAUCGCCUUCGCCGCUGAGGAAGACGCCCGACGGGCUCGCGAAGGAUCCUUUGAAACUAGGGAUUCCAUCCGUACCCCAUCCAGGACCUACGGAAGUCCCCAGUGAUCAUCCAGAUGAAGAAAACAGACUGUCUAUCAAUGCCGAAAAUCUAGUUGUUAUUUAUAUUUAUUCGUAACGUAAGCAAUAAAGCACAUCAGACGAA